AUGGCACAAAAUAAAUUUUUGGCGAUAAACUUAUUCAAUAAAUUACAAAACCCUGUACCCCAGUAUGUCUUAUGUUGCUUACCAGCUAUAGCAACAAUAGGAGCGUCUCCUAAGGCAGAUGCAUCUGUGAUAGAAAGAUUGUCUUCAUUAGCGUCAGCAUACUACAUUGUGCUCGGUGCGGCUGUAGCAAUUGCAAGGCUGGCAGUGACGAGUAUUUGUCAGGAUUGGCCAUAUAUACCAUUAGCAUUAGCUUGGACAUUACCUGCAAUCUAUAGGAGAACAGUUCAUGGAAAAUUGUUAGUAAGGGAUCCUAAGCUCGUGAUAAGAAAGGGCGAAAUAAUUGUGAAGAAAUUACUUGACGACGAAUAUAAAAAACACAUACAUAACCGUGUUUUACUCACUGCUUUAGCAUCAAUAGCAGUUCCUUGGAUAUCAGUAAUCAUCGCCUACUUCACACCCCCAAGGGGAUUUUUUUGUCGGAGCAAAUACCUCUCAGUCUUUUGUGCCAUAUGGUCAUUCAACAGUGCUCUUGCAUACAUACACCACCGGGUAGAAAAAAAAUUUAAAUUUGUCGAUAAUAUAAUUCACAUUUGGUUUACCGUUUGUGGCGUUGGGGUAGGAAUUUUUAUAAUUGCUCUAGCUGUGAUAAGCACUGAUAGAACAUGGUGGAUAAGUCUGUUAGGAGAAGCUUGUAAUAAAACAUGCCAUGUAUAUUAG